CUCAACACGACUUGACCUGAUCUUCCUUUGUGGCCUUCGAGUCUGCAAUUCCCCUUGCCAUUGCCUUCCACACCAUCAUUUUGCCUUUCCCCCGCCCCAAAUUCUGACUACAUUUGAACCUCCAGCAUCAGCAUCACUUCUGCGACUGCCUUGCCGGAAGCUCCUGUCAGCCAGCAUGUCACCAGCCAGAUGUCAGGCUCUUCGACAUACGCUGAGGAGAUUGCCUCAACAUGUCGCUUCUCACCCCUCUCCACGAGUGCAUCCUCCCCUCUCUCUCGGCGAGUCCUCCAAUACACACAAGCGCGCUGUUUCUACAGCCUCCCAUCACUCCUUCGUGGCCACGUCUCUACUCGAGCUCGAAGAGUGCAGUGUCGCAUCGCGACGGAGCUACUCGCGCUUGCCUAACAGCAGUAGGGGCUCACGAGUCGGGCGUCGCGCAGCACAACAAGCCACAGCGACCCAACGCAGUGUCGAGAAUGCAAAGAGCGCUCCUCGCGACGAUGCUGGUGAAACAUCUGGUAGUGAUGCGCAAGACACCUCAGCACUGCAGGAUCUAGGUCAAAGGCAGCCUCCAACGGAGCCUGCUGUACCUCUGCCGUCUGAUCCCGAUGGCGUGCUAUCUCCACAGACGCAUCCCGCUGUGGCCACCAUGCUGGGUCAAGAAGCGGUGAUCUGCACGCGAGAAGUGGAGUGGAUGAACAUCAUGGUCGGUUUCGAGCAAGCAAAUCGAUAUGCGCUUCUCAGCCCUUCUGGUCAGCCGCUAGGAUACCUUGUGGAACAAGAAGGCUCCCUUGGCAAGACUCUUACACGCCAAUUACUGCGGACGCAUCGGCCUUUCAAAGCUCUCGUACUAGCCCCUGACGGAGCACCGAUUCUUCGUGUCGAGAGAUCAUUCACCUUCAUCAACAGUCGAACGCGCGUCUAUUCCAUCGAUCCUGAUACAUAUGACAGCGCUGCAGAUGUGGAUCUGGAACGUGCACCGGACGAGUCGAAUGAGCAGCUGAUCGGAGAAGUCAAACAGGUCUGGCAUCCUUUCAAGAGGCGCUACGAGAUCUACAGAGCGCGCGACGGUGGUCAAGAGAUGCAACAAAUUGCAAAGGUCGACGGCGCCUUUUUGACUUGGGACUUCAAUUUGGAGGACGAGAGUGGGAAAGUAGUCGGGAGCGUGAAUCGCAAUUUUCGAGGCUUUGCGAGGGAGCUCUUUGCCGAUGUCGGCCAAUACGUCGUGCGCUUUGAGGGCGACACGCCGGCCUCUGGCACCUCCACAAACAACCAGAGUACCGUGAAAGCUGAGAACGAAUCGCGCGAGCUGGUGCCCAUCACGCCUAGCUUGACGCUGGACGAGAGAGCGCUGGCUCUUUGUGGGCUUGCUUUCGGCCUUGAUGUGGACUACUUCUCCAGGCAUUCCUCCAGCGGCUCCGGUGGCUUUUUCCCCGGGUUUCUGCCAAUACCAAUGGGAGGAGGCGGCUCGCCACCUCCUACAGAAACGGCAGGUCAAACUUCUGGAUCCGGAACAGGAGGCGAGCCGACGCCUUCAGGCGGUGCUGGUACGGAUGUGUGGCAAGAUACUCGAGGCGUGCAGCACCCACAGCUACCGCCCGGUGCCGUGGGUGGAGAGUCCGCUGUCGGGACUGCAGGCACCAUGGCAGGCUACGAAGCUUGGAGCGGAUGGAUGAAUCCAAGCUCUACGAGCGACUCGCCAGCCCCUGCCCAGCCUGUUCAAGGAGCUCCUCCCCCACCUCCACAAGACUAUACUGGGUCAGGUCAGGGCUACUCUGGGCGAGACGAGGAUGUCUGGGGCGACCAGGACCCAUGGAAGGGUGGUGAUGGGAACUCUGGAGGCGGCCUUUUUGGUGACAUCUUUGGUGACUUGGGUGACGGGGGUGACUUCUUCGACGGCUGAGGGGCCAACAACAGCCUUUUCCUCGGAGAUACCCGGACGUCUUGAGAGAUGGCUACCGAUCAGCAUGACGAUUGUAACAUACUGUGCAUAUGCUGGUGGCCUUACUCACCACGAAUGUGAGUCGCUCCUCAUCGAAGCCUGCUUGGCAUGCCCCCUUUGCCUCAUGUGCGACAGAGGUGGAUCCAACCAUAUGAAUCACAAUGGAUAUAGCUGUGUGUGUAGAC